AAGAAGUCCAUUGCUGCAUUUCGGAUUUUGUCUGAGUGGGGUGUGGGCAUGGUAUAAAUCCAGAGAAAUGGAAUCUUAUAUUCUCAGUCCGCUGGUUUGCCGAAGUGUCUGUGUCGCAAGCAAUUAGUGAAAGAGCGAAAUGAAGCUUAUACUUUUGGCCCCAUUAUUUUUAAUAACUCUAUCUUCGGUAACCAGCCAUCCGCAUCUCUACAGCCCGUAUUACAAACUUUUCCGGUCGAACUAUGCGAGCCACUACUCCCAGUUCAUCCCCACAUAUUCGGACAUAGUUCACGACUCGGCCCUUUCGGCCUACCUAUCGACCCCCGACUUCCUCCCAACCCUUAACGUCUUGGCCGAAGUGCCCUACGCCAUCACCAACAGCUUCACGGUGGUUCCCAUGCUGGUGGUGUCCAAGGACAACAUGCACAUGGUCUCCAACGCCCAGAUCAUGAGCAUUUCCAAGAAGAAGCCAGUGAUGACCAUCAAGAACAAGAAAAACCAAGUGAUUCAAUGUACGCCGGCCGUAAAGAUUGUCUUGGAGAAACCGAUCACGGUCUACAGCUUGAAAACGAGCAUUUUGUUCCCGUCUGAAAUCGAGAUUGUCCAUGCAGGGCUGACACUGCCCAUCAGGGUAGGGGCCAUCAUCGCCCCAGUGAAGGCCGAUACUUAUAUUUCCGUGGAAACCCCCAUUGCUGUUAACGUGGUCUAUGCUGUACCAACGAGACCCAUCAACUAUGAUUAUGUCAACCAUGAUGGGGUUAUUGAAAUUCCCGAUAACCAGGCCGUCGUGGUGGAAAGCGAGCCGGUUUUGCCGCCGAAAAAUGUCACAAUCAUUGAUUUCCCGGAGAAAGAGGCCGAGCCUGUUUUGACCAUCGAUGAGGAUGAUGAUGAAUUAGUAAAUCGUAACCCGCCCAUUCUUUUGGCCCCCGCUGGAAUCGUCCAAUCAACACAGCCCAUAACCCACAUUGAACAGUUCACCAAUUCAAAGGAAUCGCCGGUGUUGAUAGCCCUACGAGAAGAAGCUCUGAAGAAUAAGCGAGUUCGAGUUUGAUUUGUUUUCGCCAUUGAAGUUUUCGCGGUUUACGUGAAAGUUCUAUCAAAGUUUUCAGUAAAUUAGAGGCUAGGUUUUUAUUUAAUAAAUAAUUUCUCUUGUAGGUACUACGUAUCAAAAAAUUGUCUUGUCGGUUCAAAUGUUGGAAUUACUGUAGGAUGUAUAUUUUUUGAUUGUAUUAACAAUACACUGCCACAAAAUUUUUGUUGUUACAAUAGACUUCUCAGUUAAAUUAUGUUCUUUAAUAAAUGAGUAAACAGUUA